AUGUCGAGUCUCGGACUUGCAUACUUAUUAGCAAGCCCGCAGGAGGACUUCACGUUUCUCUUGCGACGUCUACCUGCACCAGCUCUCGCUGAAGGCAUCCUCGCUGACAUUAUGAUGCACCUUGACCUGCGCGACGUACUAGCAUGCCGGCUAGUGAACAAAACCUGGAGCAGGGCUGCCGCAACCGUUAUACGGCAUGUGAACGUACCGUGCAAGGCGGUGGCAACUACUGCAAAUGCUGCGGGGGUUGGGAGCGUUGACGUGGCGCUGCGACGGCUGCACAGGAUGUGGCCAGUUGCUUCGGCAGUGACCCUCUCCGGUUUGGCCGCCGGUCGGGCGCUGAACGAGGAGCUCUCCCUACAGCUGCUAGCCAACCACCUUAGCCGCUGGCGCAACCUCAAGGAGCUCAACCUCCUGGAAAUGCCCGUGACUCCGGCCACUACCGUCCGCCUCGCAGUCCAGCAGCAGCAGCAGCAGCAGCCGGCGGCAGCUCCUCCCUACGAUCGCCAUGACGACACCGGAGCCACGGCGGCGCCAGGCACCCGCGACCCAUCGACGACCGCCGUCGCCGCCGCCGCCGCCGCCAACACUGCACCAGGAGAAAUCACCGCAACAUCCGUACGUGAGUACAGUCGCAGCAACCGUAGCAUGGGUGGCAGCCGCGGCAGCGGCGGCGGUGAGGGGCACGCCAGCAGUCGCAGCCCUGGGCCCUGGGGACUGGCCUGCCUGUCAUGUUGUCUGGGGUUGACUCGAUUGCAUGUGGAGCUGGUGCCGGCCAGCGAGGGCGUCUCCUCGCCGUCGUCAUCGUGGCGGCAGCGGCAGCAGCGGUGGGGACGCUGGGGGCCUCAGCGCGCCUCCAGGCGACCGGACCCAGCGCAGCUUGCGGCGGGUCAGGCGGUGUUGCUGGAGGGCCUCACCCGUCUGACCCGACUGACCCACUUGUGCUUGAAGCUGCUUGAGGUGCCAGAUCAGGAUAUGGAGGAGGACGAGGAGCUAGCGGAGGUGGAAGAGGAGGGGGAGGGGAGUACGGAAUCAGAAUUGGAGGCGGUUGUUCAGACGGGCAUCGAGGAGGCCUUGGUUGGAGCUUUGUGGUGUGGGGGCCUCAGUGCAGACUGCAAAGGGGAGACGAGGACGGCCGCUGGUGGGGAGGACGUGUCCUCAGCAGCGGUGGCUGCGGAUGCAAUCAUCUCACCCGCCGCCACAACCGGCGCAGAUGAUUAUCUGCUGGAUCUUGAGGAGGCUGGAAAUUACGGAUCAGAUCUGGAUAUGGAUUUGGAUUUGGAUUUGGGUCAGGAUUCGAAGAGCCGCAAUGGGCGUGCGACGGCGGGCAACGCAGGCGAGGGCUCUACCAGCGAAGUGGAGGUGGCGCAGGUGCCUGGCUUCGGCAGCUGUUGGAUCCCGCAUCCCGCACUGUUCGUCCGGAUGGGGCCGCGGCUGCGGUCGUUGCGGCUGGUGGGAUGUGACUUGCAAGGUGGCGGGGCGCUGACGGCACUGGCGAGCGUGCUGACGUGUCUUACCAGUUUGUCACUCCAGGGGCGGCUGGAGCUGACGCGCGAGGACCUGGGGGCGCUGAGCAGCCUAAGAGAUCUCCAGGACCUGUCGCUGUCCGGUGUGGACCUGGUGUACGGCCAAGAUGACCUGGACGACUACCCGCAGGACCUUAUGAACGAGCUGUACGGCGCAUUGCAGCAACUGCGCCACUUCCAGUCGCUCAAGUUCGAGGUGAACUCGCGCCGUUGUAUCGGGCUCCACAGCUCCUGGCUGCCCGUGGAGGAUGUGCCGCUGUCCCACUUGCGCUCCCUCAGCUUGUCCUUGACUCUGGACAGCGGCCAUGCGUUGCAAAUCCUGGCUGAGCUCACCUCCCUUACGGCCCUGAGCCUGUCGUACUUGACGUGUCCAGUUGCACUGUACUCUGACGACAUGACGGCGCUGGCUCCCCUAACGGGACUUCGGAGGUUUUCCCUGCGCCACGACCCCUCCGAGCGGGACUUCAUUAUCAGCCUCAGUGGCCGGGUGGUGCAGGAGCUGGCGGGGGCCUGGACGCAGCUGUCGCAACUCGCCUUCUCCGGUCAGAUCGAACCGGACGUUCCCGGUAAGCCCUCCCUGGAUUGUCUGGCCUCCUGGACCUCCCUCCGCGACCUCAGCCUCACCGCCGUCCCGGAGGAGCAGAUAUCCCUCGCGUGGUUCAGGCACACCACCACCACCGCCGCCACCUCAUCCACCGCAUUCGUCGCCACCGACGGCCUGGGCGGCGGGAGCCGCAGCUGGGGUCCCGGCGGCGAUGACGACGACAACCGGGAGGCGGCCAUUGCGGCGGGCGCCUUGGACCUGGGUGUGGGUUUGGGGCGGUGCCUCCCACCCGGUCUGGUGCGGUUGGAGCUGAGUGGCAUCCGGCUGCGUGGGGGGGAGCUGCUGGAGCUGCUGGCGGGUCCGAUGACGGGCCUUACGUCACUGCAGGUUCUGGACUGCGGCCUGACUCCCGCACAUCUGAUGAGGACUGCGCUUCACUCAGCGACAGGGAACGGAGGUUGCAGCGCAGCCGCGCGGCCGUUCAGCCGCCAGCGUGAGUCUUCGCUCAACCAGCAGCCACAAUACUUGGUCGGUAAUCACCAGCCACAGCAGCAGGGGACGAAGGAGGGGGAGCGCGGCGGACAGGAGCAACAGAACUGGCAGCCGCGGUGCCCUUCGGCCAGCAGCCCCAUGACUGGGUUGAGCGAAAACGGGUUUGGCAGCGUCGUGGGGGACGGGACGGGCGAAAGUGACCGUAUUGACCGGCCUGAGGAUGAGGGUGGUAGGGGGGCCGAGGUGAAUGGGACGGGUGGCUGUGGGAGCUGCGGCGGGGGCGAUGUCUCAUGUUGCUGUUGGCGCUGGCGGCUCAUACGGCAUGGCGUCGCGACCCUUGGGUCGCUGCGGUCGCUGGAGUUUAUGCUACUGGGUCUGCCGGAUGACGAGCUGGCAGCGGCAGAGGUGCUGCGGCCGUUGUCGGUGCUGACGGGUCUGCGUUACCUGACAUUGCGGGCGCCCGGACUGCAGGCGGCGGCGACUGGGGAGGUUUCGGAGCCGCUGGGGUGCAUGAUGCAGCUGCGCUGCCUAAACCUGGCGGGCCCAAGUGCAGACUCGGCGGCGGCGCGAGGUGCGGAGGAUGCGGCCCGCCAGCUGCCAUAUCUCAAGUGUUGA